AUGCCCCAGUGGCACCCAUCUAUGCGCGCCCCAGGGACCGGUGCAGACGCCAUCUACACGAGCGCAGAGGCUGCAAAACGCUCACUAUUGAAGCUGCAACCGAUACCUUCCUUUGAGCUUUACAAGGGUGCGCGUGAGGAGGAGCUUCUCUGUUACCGCAGCGUAUGCCGCGUGAUUUGCAUGCGAAGUGGCGGACGGUUGACGAAGCAGCAGACACGUAUCUUAGAAGACUUGAGGGAGGAACUCUGUAUCCCUACCCAGCGGGCAGACGCAGAGAUGCUGGAGGCACUGGAGGAUGUGCUGGUCUCAAGCGUCGCCGCCUCUGGUGUACUAAAGCGGCGUGAGGACUUCUUUGACGGUGUGGCAGAUGUGCCACUCGAGGCCAUUCACGAGGGGGAGAGGGCUCAUGAUGACCACAACUCGCUGUACGCCCCGCCAGCAAAGGUACCACGAAAGGAAAAUGCAACUGCCGGUGCUGCAGCAACAGCGACAACAACGGCAUCAAGCUCGUGGCGCCGAGGAGUAACAUCGAAAAACUCUCAAGCUUUGCUUCUCAAAACCAUAGAUAAAAUUGGCCAUGAAGUCACCACAAUAAGCGGUAAGUUUCUUUCUGCUGUUUCCGUGGCUGAUCAAGAAGCGUUUCGGCGAGAGUUGCUCAUGAGGCGAGAGCGGCUAUUGCUGCUGUUGAAGGAAGCAGAGGGCAACGCGAUUGACGCGUCCGGAAGUUCCAGUGCAAUUCCCUCGGAGCAUGGCUUCUGA